CCAUUCAGUUUUGGAAAUUGAUGAUGGGAACACUUUGGUUUGGAGAAAUCGUGAAACAAGCCUCUUCGUUUCUUCAAGACAAGUACAAUGUUGCUAGACUUGUUCUCACCGAUGUUACCGAAGUUGAGCUGUUAGUAGAAGAGGUUACAAGUGAUGAUCCUACUUCACCAGACGCUAAAACGAUGACGAAAAUAGCUGAGGCAUCGUUCCAUACAGUGGACUAUUGGAGAAUCGUUGAUGUUCUUCAUAUAGAAAUAUUUGUUAACAGAAUAGGGAAAGAGGAAGGAGAGAUGAAGAAGUGGAGAGAAGCAUACACGGCAAUGGUGUUGUUGGAGUAUUUGUUAACGCAUGGUCCUCUUCAUUUGCCUCAUGAUUUUAUUUAUGACUUGGAUCAUUUUCGAUUUUUUUCUACUUUCCAAUACGUUGACGAUAAUGGGUUUGACUGGGGAGCUCAAGUUCAGAAAAAGGCACAUCAAAUUCAAACUCUUCUUUUAGGAAAAGAAGAAUUAAGAGAAGCUCGUAUUAAAGCCCUCAAAAUUACCUCCCAAAUCAAUGGGUUCGCCUUUUCUCCAUCUAACUCCUAUUCCACACCAACUAAAAGGAAAAAAUCCUAUAUCCGAUCGUGCGGUUCAUUAAUCGAAAAGAAGCUCGCGGAGAAUGAUCGUGAAGAGACGCUCAUCAGUGGAGUCUACACCAAACUCACCGGAUUUAGCCCUCUAGAGAAAUUUCACGGCGGUAGUACAAGUGCGGUAAAAUUUCAAACAUUGUCGAAGGUUAAAAGAGUUUCUAGUAAAUAUUACGACCGUCGCAGUUCUAUUGGCUACUAAACAAAAACGGUUUGGUUUUUAUUUAAA